GGGGCGCAUGCUGGGCGGCGGUCCCCAAGGCGCCCCGUCCGGUGGCGGCGGAGGCCACCGUGCAGGCAGCCUGGAUGGCUUGUCACCUGCAGCAUCUUUUCGGAGGAGGAGGCUGGCACGGAGGCCGGGCUACAUGAGAAGCGCAGCUGGGCCCCGGAUCGGGUUCCUGUCCCCGCCCGUGGGUGCUCCGCUCUGCGCCCAGGGAGGGGUGUGUGGUGAGGAGUCCCACCACCCUGAGUCCAGGGCUGAACCAUGUGGCCUUGACCCUGGAGGCAAGUGGCGAGGUCCCUCGGUUGGGAGUCCUGUUCCCAGGAGCACAGCAGCCUCGGCUCUGACCUCUGUGGGUCACCGAGGCCUGGCUCUGGCGGCCGCGAGAGGAAGCCCAGGGCUCUUUGGGACUCAGCCCAGAGCUGGUACCACCCCGCCCAACAGGCUCCCCAGGUCGCGUGACCCCAGGGACGCCAGGAGUCAGGGGGAGCUGCCGUCCAUGGACAGCCGUGAGGCCCUGAGCCCUCGCCGGGAAGCAGGCUGGACCAAAGGCUGUCUGUCCCCGGAGGAGGUGAGUGGCACCAGCUGCGGCCUCGGAAGUGGCCCCAAGGCCCCCUCCGCCCCUGCCGGCUCUCAGGAUGUCUUUACCUCCAGCUUUAGUUUCAUUCGCCUCUCCCUGGACUCUGCUGGAGAACGGGGAGAAGCAGAAGGCUGCCCGCCAUCCAGAGAGGCCGAGGCCCCUCGUCAGAGCCCUGAGGAGACGGAGGCCAAGGCUGCCAGCUUGGACGGGCCCCACGAGCACCCUCGGCCCCUCUCUCCACCCUUCACUCUCAAGGCUCCUCAGGGACUGGCAGACGCUGCCCAGACCUCGGGGGGCAGCCCCAGGCCAGAGUGCGAGACGCUUCCUUUGUUGGACACGGAUGCUGCCUCCGCCUGCUCCCCGAAUCCCUCGUGGUUUGAGGGCAGCAGCUCCGGGGAUGCUCACCGUUGGGACCCUCUGCUCAGCAAAUGUGAACCGGCGCUGCUGCACUGCCUGCAGGGCCAGCGGAGGUGGCUGGAGGUAAAAUCCUUAAGAUUAAAGCUUCAGAAACUUCAAGAAAAAGCACUUGAGGAAGAUGAUUAUGAUAAGGCUGAGAUGAUCCAACAAAGAUUAGAAGCCCUGGAGAAAGAGAGAAGUGGCCUGCACUUCCAGCUCCCUUCGCGGCAGCCGGCCCUUAGCGGCCUCCUGGGCCACCUGGGGGCACAGGCCCAGGCCACCCUGCGCCGGGCGGCCCAGCGAGCGGGCGGUGACGACACCCAAACCUGGCUCCGAGUGGAGCCGAAGAUGUUGGAACCCACUGCUCAGGACAGCCUGUGCGUGUCCAUCACCAGGCGAGACUGGCUUCUCCAAGAAAAGCAGCAGUUACAGAAAGAAAUCGAAGCCCUCCAAGCCAGGAUGUCUGUGCUGGAAGCAAAAGAUCAACAGCUGAGAAGGGAAAUAGAAGAGCAGGAGCAGCUCCUCCCGUGGCAGGGCUGUGACCUCGUAGGCGGGCUGUCCCUGGGCGAGCUGCAGGAGGUCAGCAAGACCUUGCAGGACACCCUGACCUUGGCCAAGCAGAUCCCUCUCUGCACAGAGCCACCUGAGGCCAUCAGGAGCCUCCAGGAAAGAAUAAAAUCCCUCAGCUUGUCACUUAAAGAGAUCACUGCUAAGGUGUGUAUGAGUGAAAGGUUCUGCAGCGCCCUGAGGAAGAAGGUUAACGAUAUUGAAACCCAACUGCCGGCACUGCUUGAAGCCAAAAUGCUUGCCGUCUCAGGAAACCACUUCUGUACAGCCAAGGAGCUCACGGAGGAGAUCAGAUCAUUAACAUCAGAGAGGGAAGGACUGGAGGGACUUCUCCACAAGCUCUUGGUGCUGAGUUCCAGGAAUGUCCAGAAGUUGGGAAGUGUUAAAGAAGAUUACAGCAGACUCAGGAGAGAGCUGGACCAGGGGAAAACUGCCUAUGAAACCAGUGUGAAGGUGAAUACGAUGAAGUACAUGGAAAUACUUGAGGAUAAACUGCACAGCUGCAAGUUCCCACUGCUUGGAAAAGUGUGGGAAGCUGACUUGGAAGCUUGUCGGUUGCUUAUCCAGAGCCUGCAGCUCCAGGACGCCAGGGGCAGCCUGUUCACAGAAGAUGAGAGACAGAUGGAUGACUUAGGGGGAGGUGCUUGUACAACCACUCUGGCCAUCCCCCCGAGGCCCCAUUCUGAAGAUGAGAGGAAGACCCCUUUGCAAGCAUUUGAAGAAUGGAAGGUGCUCCUGACCCCCUCUCCUCACUGUGCUGGCAGUGAACAGAAAGAGGAAUCUUACAUCCUUUCGACAGAACUUGGAGAAAAAUGUGAAGCUAUUGGCAAGAAGUUAUUGUACUUAGAAGAUCAACUGCACACUGCAAUCCACAGUCAUGAUGAAGAGCUCAUUCAGUCUCUCAAGAGGGAGCUCCAGAUGGUGAAGGAAACUCUGCAGGCCAUGAUCCUGCAGCUCCAGCCAGCGAAGGAGGUGGGAGAGAGGGAGGCUGCAGCUUCCUGUGUGACAGCUGGUGUCCAGGAAGCACCGGCCUGAGGCGUGACGGGAUGAGGGAAGGAGGUGAUGCUCCUGCCUUCAUUCGGAUCCACGGACACAAGACAAGCUUUGUCGUUUCCUGAAGUCACGCUGCCAUUUCCUUCCAUGCUGUGCGAUGCUUCCAUCAGGAGACGGCCCUGCUUAAGCCAGCAAGUGGCCAGGGUCCAGGGAACAAAGCAAAAGCACCACGUGUGAAUUUUCUGAUUGUCUUUCCUACAAUUUUCUCUUGAGCAUUUAAAAAUAUUUACUAUACAUAUUUUAAUAAGUAUAAUUAGUUUGUUCUAGGAAUGCUUGGUUUUGCAGUGAGGGAGCAAAUUCCUGAGUUAUUUACCACCAUGUCUAAAAAAAUAUUCUGUGCUAGUCGCAUGGCACAUGGAAUUCUUGAAUCCUUUAGUUCAUUCCAGUGAAGCAAAAUUUGGAAAGAGGUAGAAUUGUCUCUAAUGAAUCCCUACGUUGAGAAGUAUCAUUUUUAAAAAGCCCCGCAAGACAUCUUAACAGUCACUAACCCAAGUGUUUUGUAUUACUCAGACACCAUCAUGAAUAAUUCUGCAAGGUUAUGAUGUAUUUGAAAAUUCUGGAAGCUAAUGACUGUCUGCAUGUGCCCCAAAUAAGGGUUCUCUGGUGCUGCCGGUGGGCAGCGUGUCAAUUUCCUUGCUGAGAUGCCUGAUCAAGGCAGAUGAAUGAUGUUUUAACCACACGCUGCAGCUCAUCUGCCGUCUGUGCUCAGGUCAGAGGCAGUCAGGAAGCCUGCACAAGGCCAGGGUGUUUCCUCUGACCUCAUGACCUUCUCAGGACAAGCCUCUCUUCAGCCACUGUGACCCCAGAAGACCCAGGACUGUGUAUCCCAAACCAUAAUAUAGGGCAGUUUCUGUCAGGGCAAACUAAGAUGAGAUUAGGGCUUGAAUUUAAAAGCCACAAAACAAUAGCAAUAAAAAUCUAAGCUUUCAUGGAGGCAGUCAAGACCAGAAGCACAAGUGCAGUAGAAAAUGAUGACUUUGGAUCUGAUUUCCCUGUGGCACUGUGCGAGAGAAUCAAUGAUAUAUUACACGGUUCUCUGUGCAGAGAUGCUGGCAUCCUAACGCUGCCCAUUUAUCUUCUACCAGCCUGAGCUAUGGCAUGUUCUCAGUCAGUGACAUUCCCGGUUCCUUUCAACUUCGUGAAGUUUCAACAUCAAAAUGAUCUUCCUCAAAUCAGAUGAGCAUGUAAUGUUAGGAACUUCUCUUCCUGUGCAGUAAGGCUGGUUUCCCCACCCCAGGAGCACAGAAAGCCUCGCAUGAGUGUGCUAG